AUGGUGCUGACCAAAGCUGAUAUUCAGAAGAUCCCGAUAAAUGCGGGACACAUUGUGAACGGACAGUGGAAGGUGUUAAAGAAACUGGGUGAGGGAGGGUGCGGAGUUGUUUGGCAAGUUCAACAUGUCAAAACGGACAAUCUCGCUGCUUUAAAAGUAAUCUAAUUUUUAUUUCAAAUAAUCUAAUUAUUUUUAAAUAGUAACAUAUCUUAGGCAGAACCAUUUGGAAUGCUCAAAGAAGAUGAAUUACUCAAGAUGGAAGUGUUUGUCCUUAAGAAAUUGGUCAACGCCAAGCAUGUCUGCAAACUCUUGGCGACCGGGAAAGGCUCGACUUAUUAUUUUGUCAUCAUGACUUUAAUUGGACCAUCUUUAAGUGAACUCAGGAAAGCCAUGCCUGGUCAGGUAUGGUUCGAAUUGAUCCCGAACGAGAAUAUUUCAGAAAUUCGAGUUGCCCACGACUUUACAUGUAGGCGUAGAGACUCUAGAGGGGAUAAAGGAAGUCCACGAGGCUGGCUUCGUCCAUCGUGAUAUCAAACCAUCCAACUUUGCCAUUGCAGUGAAAAACAAACGGUUGAUUUACAUUCUGGAUUUUGGAUUGGCUCGGCAGAUUAUUGUAAGUGUAAUUGCCUAUUUAUCAUACCGUUAUAGAUAACAGAUAAAGGAAAAUCAAAGUUGCGAGAACCACGAAAAAAUGUACCCUUCAAAGGAACUGUCAGAUAUUGUUCUCUGAAUGUGCACAGGAAAGAAGAAGCUGGCAAACAUGACGAUCUCUGGUCAUGGUUCUACAUGCUGAUCGAGAUGCUGAAUGGAGAAUUACCCUGGAAAUGCAUGGACAGAGGACAGGCGGAGAGGUGUAAGGAAAACUCUGAGAAAAAGUUGACGACCAUGAUCCCCAAGGAAUUGUGGAUUUAUUUCAAGACUCUCAAACGAUUGAACUACAAUAAAACCCCAGGUAUUUUUUCAAGUACGUAACGAUAAUUUAUCAUUGAUUUCAGAUUACAAUCAGUUUAAAUCUCCAUUGCUUGAGACGGCCAAGAGAAGAGGACUAGCAGUCAGUCAGCUCCCCCUCCCAUGGGAAGGCAAAGGUAAACUGGCGCACUUACUCAAUGUCCCGGCCACCACAGCCAUGUAAGAAAUGAGAAUUGACUUUCCAGCAUGUUGCUGACAGAACUCGUGUUAUUAUUUACUUGUCAUUAUCCCAUAAGCGUGAAAUUUUAUUUUCAGAAAGCCAAAAGAAAAAAUCGCUGACGAAAAACGAGAACAGGACAAAGCCCCAAUCAGUGAAGCCGCCAACAAUACCAAGUACGGGGUUGUCGACAUCAAGGAGGACGAAUACGACGACAACGACGACGAACAGGCCUCCCAUGUUUCUGGCAAAUCAGAAACAGACGACACCCUAGGUGGUUUGAACGAUAUAAAAUGA